UCUCUCUCUCUCUCUCUCUGAGUUGCCCACUUAAAUCGGAUCACCCAUAUUUUCUCUCUCUAGGGUUUUUCUCUCUCUAAAUGCUACCUAUAGUAGUAGUACUCUCUCUUUAGUAGAGGCCACUAGUGCUACUAACCUUUUUAUUUUCUCCCUCUAAAUGCUAGUGGCUCUCUCUUUCUCUCUCUCUCUCUAUGCUUUACCACAUAAUGCCACUACUCUAAAAUGCUAGUGGCUUUCUCUCUUUUUCUCUCUCUCCAAACACAUUUCAUCAUGCUUUUAACCUCUUGAGGUCUUCUCUCAUUUCAUGUUAGCAGCUAAAAACUAGGGAGAGGUUUUAUAAUGAGGAGAGAUGGAUAAAGAAACUAACCAAGAAACCCCAUCUCUCCUCUCCGUCAAAGAUGAAACUCCUAAAAAACAACCACCACCACCGGGCGGCGGCGGCGGCGGCGGCGGCGGCGGCGGCAGCUGUGAUAGAUUGAAAAGAGAUGAAUGGAGUGAAGGGGCGGUUUCGAGCCUACUUGAGGCCUAUGAAUCCAAGUGGAUACUAAGAAAUAGAGCAAAAUUAAAGGGGCAUGAUUGGGAAGAUGUCGCAAAGUAUGUGUCUUCACGUGCGAAUUGUAGUAAGUCGCCUAAGACGCAGACGCAAUGCAAGAACAAGAUCGAGUCCAUGAAGAAGCGGUACCGGUCCGAGUCCGCCACCGCCGACUCCUCGUCGUGGCCGCUCUUCCCCCGGCUUGAUCUUUUGCUGCGUGGAAGUGGCCCUCCACCACCACAGCCACUGCCACAGCCACCGCCACCGCCGCCUGUGGCCGUGAUCAAUCCUCCUUUGGUGCUACUUGAACCGGCACAGCCACCGCAACCACCGCCACCGCCUCCAGCUCCUCCUCCUCCUCCUACUCCUCUGCAUCUUGGAAUCACACAAAACUCGCAUGGAUCAAAUGGUGUUGAACGUGGACCUAAGGAAGAUGGGGUUGAUACUAAAUUGUCCGAUCAUUUAUCAGACAAAAAUGCCAUUGAGACGGACAGUAGCACACCAGGCCUGUAUAGCGAUAAGGAGAAGAUGAAGUCGAGAAAUCUAAGGAUGAGAAUGGAGAAGAAGAAGCGACGGAGAAGGGAGGACAGGGACGUAGCAGAGAGCAUCCGGUGGCUGGCAGAAGUAGUGGUGAGGUCAGAGCAAGCAAGGAUGGACACAAUGAGAGAGCUGGAGAGGAUGAGAGCCGAGGCAGAGGCCAAGAGAGGUGAAAUGGAUCUCAAGAGAACAGAGAUCAUUGCUAACACUCAGUUGGAGAUUGCUAGGCUCUUUGCUGGUGCUGGCAAAGGCAUUGAUUCUUCAUUGAGAAUUGGAAGAAAUUAAGACUAGUAUAAAGAAAAUUAUGAUAUAUAUAUAUAUAUAUAUAUGUAGACACUUAUGUACUAGUUAACUUUGAAGAAGUGGAAGAGCUCUUGGAGGUGAAAGAGUGAGUGAGAGCUGUUUUAAUUAACUUCUUAUAGGCUACUUGUUUAAAGAGUUAUUGUAGGAAAAAUAACUAUCUCUACCUUGUUGCAGUGUUGUCUACUUCACAAACAAUGCAGAGAGGUGUUACAUAUAUAGUUA